AUAUCCAAAAUACGGCUCCGCGUUUUUUAUGCAUUGUAACAAUAACCACGUGCUAUACUGGAGUUUUUAAUCAUAAUACAUUAUUACACAUAUUUUCAUUGAAAUAUAAUCUGAACUACAAAAAUAACAAUUGUAUUUUAUAUUUUGUAUAUUUAAUUUAAAAAGGAAAAACAAAAAUGAGUGUUAACAAAGCAAAAUUAUCAAAAAGUAUUUUAGAAAUGAAAUUUAUGAAACGAACGAAAGAAAAAGUAGAGAAACAGCAAUUUCAUGAAGAAGGUGAAGAAUAUUUUGGGAAUGAACUGACGAAACGUAUGAAGAAAGAUUCAGAAAGAUUUAUCAUUGAACCUAGUUAUAUCUUCUGUGAGAAGUUAAUCGAUGGCAGAGUAAGUUUUCAAGGAAUGAAUCCUGAAAUAGAAAAAUUCAUGGAAGAGGAACGAGAUGAUGAACAUACGGAGAUGGAAGAAAAACAAGAAGUAGAUAUUUCAGAUGAGCAAUUGGCAAAAAAUUGGAAAAAUUAUAGGAAACUGACAAAGACUGAACAUAAAUAUGAAAAAUUAUUAAAAAAACAUAAGGAUUAUGAACUAUCACCAAAAAAACCAAAGUUUUUGAAACCACAAUAUUAAUAUUUGAUAAGAAUGAUUUACAUGUGUAUAUAUAUUAAUUUUAAUAGAAAUUUUUAUGUAAAUA